AUGGAAUGGCCCGAAUGAUGGAACCAAAAAGCAGUGACGAUUUCUGUGUGUAAUUUAGCUGAGCUUGGAGAUGAUAGGUUUGUUAAGACAAAUAUUGGGGAGUUUGAUCAGUUUAUAGGUGGAGGGUUUUUACCUGGAUCAAUAUAUGAGCUUGUAGGAGAAUCUGCAAGCGGGAAAACUAAUUUGGCUUUAGCAAUAUCUAAAGAAAUAGUGAUGCAGCAUUAUAAAGUCUGCUAUUUUUCAACACAAAAGCCUUUAAGUGUUGCUCGCUUGCAGAGCAUGAACUUAGACUCUAAUUGUUUUGUAUAUAGAAAUGCAGUUUCCCAAGAUGAUAAGUGCAGAUACUUUAUACAAGAGCUUAAAUCUGUUAUAGACUGUUUAGAAGAUGUAAAAUUAAUUGUGCUUGAUAAUAUUCCUGAACUGUUUAGUGAUUAUGAAAAUACUCCUAAUGGGAUAAAACUAAAUCCCAUGUUGGACAAAACUUUGUCUGCUGCCUAAUUAAUAGAUUAAAAAAAGAAUAAUUUUGAAUGAAAAAUAUAAAUAUUUGCAAUAAAAAAUCUAAUUUAACUUAUAAAAUUUAUGUAUUAAAAGAUGCAAGCAGUUAAAAUUUAAUAAAAUUAGCUGAAAUCUCAUUUAUACAAUUAUAUAUCGGAUUUUUAAAUGAUUGCUCGCUAAUUAUGGGGCUAAUUCCCAAAAAUAGUUAUUUUCGAAUGAUUUUGCUCGCUAGCCAAUAGGGAAUAAGAAAUACUGCAAUAACCAAAAUCAGUGUGUUGCUCAAGCACCUUUCACACAACUAUGGCUUUGGAAUUUUAAUAAUCAACAACGUAACAUCUGACAUGCAUGGAGCUUUAAACCCAAAACUUGGCUUAAUUUGAACCAAUAUGGUUACACAUAGGAUGUUUUUAUCAAAACAAAACACUUUAAGAACUUUAAAAAUCCAAUACAGCUCUAUAGUUGGCCCAGAAAAUGAGCUGCAUUUUCUCAUUAACGACCAAGGUAUCGAGCUUUGCCAAGGAUUAAGUCAACAAUUCUCAUAA